AUGGAGUACAGGUGGGCCAAGUUGCCCUUCUUCAUGAGCAAAUGGAUCACCAUGAGCGUGGCCCAAUUCGAAGGCACCAUGGGAAACAUGGAAGCUUCUGCCCAACAGACAUGGGCCAUCACCAUGGCUCUCACAUGUCAUCUCCCUGGGAUUAAGGAUGAUGCCAUGUGCAAGAGUGGGAACAUCAAGGGGAACGCGGCCAAGGAGUUGGCAUCCAAUCCAGAGGUGUCAGAGUUCUGGAGUGACAUCAAGGACAUGGAUCAGCUGGUCAACCUCAUCAACGCUGGACUGUUCAUGCACCUGACAGCCGAAUCGCCGCCUGGUUACAUGGUACUGGCCCCAGAUCCCAGUGUGUACAGACACCUCAAGCAGCAGCACUAUCUCUCACGCCAGGACGGUGACACACGUGAGCACCUGAUCCAGUUCCUGCAACACUUUUUCAUCAUGGCCGAUCUGACCUUCAUAGAUCUCUCCAAGACCGAACCAAUCAUGGAUGCUUCUGGUCGGGCGAUACGCUUCAAGAUUAAUUCAUGGGACUUAGCCAGACACAAGGUGACCGGGUGGGUCCCUGUCUCCGUGUUUGGGAACCGCUCAACCUUUGAAGUGUUAUAG